CCAUCAAUACCUAAUCUCGAUCAAUUCACCUCCACGUGGGUCUCCUCCUUUGCCCUCAUCUCCACCAUCUCCUUCCUUCCUUUCCUCCUCCGGAGGAUCCAUCGUCGCUCCCUCCUCCGUCCUCCGCUCCUUCUGUCCUCGGCCGGUUCCACCUCCGUCCUCCGCCCUAACUACCUCGCCCGCCCGCCGUGCGAGAUUCCCCCAUGUUCCUUGCUUCCUUCGAGGUCCACCCCCAUUUGGGCAAUUAGGGUUUUCUCCCGAAAUCCGCCCCCCACAAGGCUUGGUUUCCUUCGUAAAGCUCGAGUCUUUGGCUCUCCGCCUCCUCCUGCUGCUGCUGGUGCCGCCGCCGGAAGUGGAAAUCGACAUGAUCCCGGGGCUGCGGAUCGCGAUUCUGGAGCCCGUCGCUGUUCUUCGGCAGCUUCUCCUUUGAGCUGUUCCUGCUUCUUCUUCUUCUUCUUCUUCUUCUUCCUUCUUUUUUUGUUUGGCUUGCGGGUUUGAAGUGGUUGGAUCAUGAAGAGAUUGAGGUCGAGCGACGAUCUCGAUUACUACGGCGGCGGCGACAAGGGCGUCGGUAAAGACUCGGCUUCCAAUCGCUCCUCCUCCUCCUCCCACCGUAGCGGCGGCUUCUACUCCGGCAAGCCCGGCGAAGCGGCUCCUCCUCGCAAGGUGUUACUGGCGUCUUACUCGUCUCGAUACGACCGAGAUCGGCCCCUGGACGACGACGGCGGCCGCGAUGGCUUGAGGAUCCCGCGCAAGCGCUCCGACCACGAUUUGGAGCGCUACGAUCGCAGGAAGGGGUUGGGCUUGGGGUUUGGGCCCGAUAGGCACGCCGAGAGGAAGGGGCACGGUGUUGAUUUCGCCGAAAGAGAUGGGUACGGCGGAAAUCGCGGAUUUGCUCACCGAUCAGAUGGCUUCUGUGGCCCGAAGAAGGAGUUUCCCAAGGGAUUCCGAUCGGAGAGGGACAGAUCGAGGCGCGAAGGGAGCACUUCGUCGUCCUCUUGGCAGAGAUUUGGGAAUGGGAGCAAGGAUGUUGACGAGAGCAGAAGUAUCAGACCUGGAUUUAUGGAUGACAGGGACAGGAAGGCACUGAGGGAUGCGAAAUCUCCUACGUGGUCGAAAGAUUCGGGGAGUGAGCAAUCUCGAAGAGGUUUAAGAGAUGGAAAAGUGAGGGAGAAAGAGAAGGAUAAGUCGCCUAGCGUGUCGAAAGGUGAUUCGGGUAGUGAACAGCAGUCUAAGAUGAGGUCGCCGCCGAAAAAUCUGGAGGCCAGAGAGGUCAAGGCGAAGGAGAAGGAGAAGUCCCCGAGCUGGUCGAGUGAGAGGUCGAGUGUGGAGACCAAGAAGCCUGAGGAGUUGCUAGCUGAGAGUGGGAGUAGUAGUGAAAUGGAGGAAGGAGAGCUGGAACCGGAAGCGGCCGGUGAGGUUGGAUUGGCUCCUGAAGUUGGGAAUGGAGGAAGCCCCAAAAAGUCUGUCCAGUUGGAGUCUGAUCAUAGGGAAGUUGUAGAGAGUGAGGGUAGAGCUAAGGUUGCUGAAGUAGUCGGGAAGUCACUUUGUGAAGAAGAGAAGGAGUGCCCUGAAGAAAGUCCAGUUGAGGAGAAGAGGGAACACACAGACGAGGCCUUUCAAGAUCAUCGAAAGAUUUCAAAUGAUGAGAUGAGUGGGAGUAAUGGUGAGGAAAGUGAAACUGAAUCUGAUAGUGCGAUUGUUAAGGAUCGGGAGAUUCUGAAAGGGGAGGAAGAGAGUUGGGGAGGUCACUUGGAGUCUGCAGAGGAAGCUGUUCAUUAUAGGGUUCUUGGGAAGCACUUACAGGAUGAAGAACCUCCUAAACAAGACAAAGGUUUUGAUCUUGAACUCAAAGAAGAAGGUGCAGAAUCACAGGAGUUCAAACUAGGAGAGCCGGAAGGGUCUGUGUUGCCUGAAGAUAAAACUGGCCUGGCUGGAGAAAGGCUUGUACAUAGCUUCAAGGACAAAGGCAAGAGCGUUGCUUUUGUGCCAAUCGAAGUCGCUGAAGUUGCAGAAGAACGUUUAUGGGUUGAAAGAGAAUUUAGAGAUGUCGUGAGUAGCAGGGACAUGGACAUGGAAGGGCCGAGCACUAGGGGUUUUGAGUUGUUCUCGAGCUCUCCUGUUAGAAAGGCAGAAAAAUCAGAUAAUCCUGGCAUUCCUAGGCAGAAAGAUGACAAGCUCGGGAUGGAGCAACUUGAUCUCUCUCUGAGCUUGCCAAAUGUGUUGUUACCUAUUGGCGCUACAGGUGACAACACAGCUGCUGCUCCCGCCUCCCCUAGCCAAUGCAGAAGUGUGCAGUCCUGGUCUACUUUUCGUACUAACUCUGAAGGCUUCACCCAAUCAAUGUCCUUUUCGGGAUCUCAGUCCUUUUUUCACAAUCCAAGUUGUUCUCUUACUCAGAAUUCAGUAGAUUAUGAACAAUCAGUGAAGAGUCGCCCUCUGUUUCAGGGAGUUGAUUGGCAGGCACUAGCUCAGAACGAGGCAAAGCCUAAGGAAGCUCCGGUGUAUCAAGGAUCUCUCAGCAAUGGAAACGGUUCUCUUUACCAGUCUCAGGCCGUGCAGGGAAAUUCAAAUGGUGAGCUCGUCCAAGGGCUGAAUCUUAGGGUAUCAGAGGGAAGCAGUAAAAUGCUCAGUGGACUGGACAGGCAACUGAGUUUUAACAAACAGUUGAUGGGAGGGCAGACAAAGCGACACGAUGAUGUCAAGUCCCCUUCACAGAGUGUUGGAUCUCAUGAUCUGGGGACGAGUUAUGGCUUCGACAAGAAGCGAGCGGCGAGGGAGAAACAUGGUAGUAGCUUAUACAGGAGUGGUAGCCAAAAGGAGCACGAUCAACUGUUGAUGGGUGGAAGUGGAACUGAAUUUGUUGAGUCGCUAAUUGAGAAGAUAGUUUCGGAACCAUUGUAUGAAAUUGCAAGGAAAUUCCGCGAGAUGAGAGAAGAAUCUUUGACAUGUUUCAAAGAGAGUAUCCGGGAGUUAAUGGUUAAUAAAGAUAAGCAACGGCAACUAUGGGCUUUUCGAGAAGCGCUGCAGAACAGAUCAGACAUAACUAUUGAGAUGCUAUUGAAAUGCCAUCGAGCUCAGCUGGAGAUCUUGGUCGCCCUAAAAACUGGUUUGCCAGACUAUCUUCAACUCCAAUCUGGUCAUCCAUCGUCCGAUUUGGCUGAGAUUUUUCUGAACUUAAGAUGCAGAAAUCUUUCCUGUCGGAAUGCUUUACCUGUUAAUGAGUGCGACUGCAAGGUUUGUGUGAAGAAGAAUGGCUUUUGCAGUGAUUGUAUGUGCCUAGUCUGCUCCAAGUUUGACAUGGCAUCCAACACAUGUAGUUGGGUUGGUUGUGAUGUUUGUCUUCAUUGGUGUCAUGUGGAUUGUGCCAUUAGGGAAUCUUAUAUUAGGAAUGGACAUAGUGCAACCAGCACCCAAGGAAUGACAGAGAUGCAGUUUCACUGUGUUGCUUGCGAUCAUCCUUCUGAGAUGUUUGGAUUUGUUAAAGAGGUUUUUCAAAAUUUUGCAAGGGGAUGGAACGCUGAGAAUUUUUACAGAGAGCUUGAAUAUGUCAAGAGGAUUUUCCAUGCGAGCAAGGACUUGAGAGGGAGACGAUUAUGUGAAGUUGCCGAUCAGAUGCUGAUGAGAUUGGCAAAUAAAGCUAACCUUCCUGAAGUAUACAUUUACAUCAUGACUUUCCUGAAUGGAUCUGAUUCAGCCAAAUAUGAUAAAACUCUGGAUUCUGGCAUUGAACGAGGGAAGGGAGUCAACAAUGUGGCUGGAUCUAGCCAGGAUAUGUCGUGGGUCACAGCUGCGGUAGCGGAAAAAGUUCCUUUUCAAGGCGAACGUGUAUGCAGUACAAUUCCAAGCCCCAAUAUGGGCCGGAGUGAUAAGCAUGCUUUGGAGUUGGAGCUGCAGAGGAGUGAUAAGAAAGAACCAUUGUUCGAUGAGGUGGAAAGUAUUGUCAGAAUUAAACAAGCAGAAGCGAAGAUGUUUCAAAAUCGUGCUGAUGAUGCAAGAAGAGAAGCCGAUGGAUUGAAACGUAUAGCAAUGGCCAAGAAUGAAAAGGUUGAAGAGGAGUACAUGGCCCGAAUUGCAAAACUGCGCUUGCCAGAGGCUGAGGAAUUGCGCAGACAAAAAUUUGAAGAGCUGCAGGCAUUAGAAAGAGCCCAUCGAGAAUACUACAACAUGAAGAUCAGAAUGGAAGCCGAUAUUAAGGAUUUGCUAUCGAAAAUGGAAGCAACUCAAAGAAACCUUGCCCUGUGACAUUGAAUGUUUGACAGCACGUCUCUUGGAAGUGUCAAUUUUUCAGUUAAUUUUACCCGCUAAUGGCAAAGACAUAUGCUCCCUGGGGUUUGGAGGCAAACCAGAAUCUGUACAGGGACUGCAGCAUCUCCUCACAUGUAAUUUAACCAGUUCCCUUAGUCUAUGCAAAUAGGACUAGGACAUGUUCUAGCUUCUAUCGACUUCUUUUUGUUAGCACGGGCUUACAAUCAAAUGUUUAGUUUAGGAUUUCUUGAAUGAAGGAUUCUAUAUUCAUGUGUUGGGCAUGCAGUUUCCUGAACAAAGUUGGAAUGAGAUUUGUGAAUUAGGAAA